AUAUGCACAAAACAAUUUAACUCUGCGCGACAGACAUGGCCGAAAAAGAAAAUGCAAAUGAGAAAGUGUUGCCACUAAUAUUAAAUGGCAAAUUUUUUAACCCGGAUGGCAAGUGCGUGUUGUGUGUUAAUAAAACAAUAAAAUUCGAUGAUAAAUCGACAGGAAAUCUGCACAAACACCUCAAGAGGGUUCAUCCAACCUGUUACACGGACUACGAGGCCAUGAAAGCUAAGAAAGCCAAGACGAAUAUGGAAGUUACUAAGGAUAAUUUAAAAUGGUUUUUUGGUUCCCUGAGUUCAGCCCAGAUCAAUCAGAAAGUGUGCGACUACAUCGUGGCGGAGAUGCUACCGAUAUCUCACGUCGAGAAAAAAUCUUUCAAGGAGCUUCUAUCUACAAUUGGUGGACGUCCUGUUAAUAUACCGUGCCGAAAAACUAUUAAGUCGAUGUUCGAUAAACGCAGAGUGGAAUAUCGACUAGAUAUUAAUAAUAUUCUUAAAGAUAUCCCUUUCGUUUGUACAACAGCUGAUAUAUGGAGCGCCAGCAACAAAAGUUAUUUUGGUGUCACCGGGCACUACAUCGAUUCGAAUUUAGAGAGGCAUUCGGUUGUUCUGGCAUGUAAAAGAGUACGUUUUUCUCAUACACAUGAAUUGAUUGGAAAAACAUUGGCAGAUAUACAUUCUCAAUAUGGGUUAAAAGAUUCGCAAAUAUGCGGCACUGUUACCGACAACACUUCAAACUUCAGCAAAGCAUUCAAAGUAUACAGUUUUGAUAAAUUUGUAGGAUCGAAUUCCAUCCAUCCUGAAUUUUUAGAGGAUUCAGAGGUCGAUGCUAUAGAGAUCGAUGUAUGUGAGGCCGGUGAAAUAGUUCUCCCAAAGCAUUUUAGAUGCGCUUCCCACACUCUAAACUUAGUAGUUACUAAAGAUGCAGAGAAGGCUCUUGAGGACAUCCAAUUUAAACGGUUGUACCAGUCAUCUCUUGCAAAAGCUACGUCUUUGUGGAAUUAUGUAAGCAGGUCAACGGUUGCUGCAGAUGAAGUAGAACAAAUUUGUCAUCUCAAGCUUAUAGCUCCAUGCGCUACUAGGUGGAACUCGUUUCACGAUAGCGUUAAACGUAUUUUAGAAGUGAAAAAUCACUUGAAAAAUAUAUGCUCCGCAUUAAAAAAGCCACAUUUUACAGUAACAGAACUAAAUUUUUUGGAGGAAAUGAAUUCCGUUACUGAUAUCUUUGCAAAAGCUAUAGAUCUAUUACAGGGUGAAAAUAGUUGUUAUCUUGGAUAUUUGUUGCCCACAUUACAAGGGAUCAUUCACAAGCUAGAACAAUUUAAUGAAUUCGAGUUUUGCGAAGCACUUGCAGAUGCCCUAAAAGCGGGUAUUUAUAAAAGAUUUGCUUUUAUAAAUAAUUUGACCGCUGAAGAGUCAAAACCCUUUGUAUUGUCAGCAAUGACAAUCCCAAAAUUUAAACUUAAAUGGGUUCCAUUGCUUGAUAAAAAAAAGUUAAAACUUUUUAAAGGGUGGCUUAUUGAGGAAUGUAAAGAACACGAAGGAAAUUUAAUUAAUGAAAGUAUUGUCACUAACGAUUGUGAAGAAUUUUACAAUUCCAGUAUUCAAGUAAAGUCAAGAGAUGGAAAAGAUAUGGAGCAUUGCAAAUUCGAAUUAGAGGUUUUGGCAUACUUAAGUGAUCAUGACAAAAAUUUAUCAGCUUUACAUAAAUAUAAAUGCAUUUUUGAUGUUUUCCUAAAAUAUAAUACAGUUCUGCCCAGCUCUGCGCCAGUCGAAAGAUUGUUUAGUUGUGGAGGUCAAAUCCUAACCCCAAAACGAAACAGGCUGGGGGACGAGUUUUUUGAAACAUUGCUUAUGUUAAAAAAAAAUGAUAACAUUUAAAUUGAGAUUGAAAUGAAAUGAAAAGAUAAUGUUACAUAUUUUUAAGAUGACUAAAAAUUGAAACCUAGUCUUAUUUUAAGAUCUUGAU